CCGGCACACCCUCUCGUCACCAAGUCCCUCGGUGCUGGUGUGCUCGCCGACCACGACGAUGUGGGCGCACCUUCUUGGACUGACGCUGCUGGCGUCGCACAUAUCUACCAGCCAUGGCCUGUCCAGUAACCCCAUCCACCUGAUGGGCCGCCAGGGCGUCAACCUGCGGCGGCUAGACCAGAUCAAUGCUGCCCGUGCCCGCGCACAUUCCUCCGGGCUCGUCGUCCAGGACGCGUUGUUCACCCCUACCCAGCAACCCGAGGCCGAGUUCACCGCGUACACCUUCGAGCAGCCGCUCGACCACUUCAGUAACGCGACGGCGGACACGUUCGGCCAGCGGUACUGGGUCAACACAAGGCAUUACAAGCCUGGGACGAAUGCGCCGGUUAUUGUGCUCGACGGAGGGGAGACGAGUGGGGAGGAUAGGCUGCCGUUCCUGGAUACUGGGAUUGUGGAGAUACUUGCGAAGGCGACCGGAGGGGUGGGGGUUGUGCUGGAGCACAGGUAUUAUGGCGGGUCUAUACCCGUAAAGAACUUCUCUACGGAUUCUUUGAGGUUCUUGGAUAAUGACCAGUCGGCAGCGGAUUCCGCCAACUUCAUGCGGAACGUCAACUUCGAUGGGAUAGACGAGAACCUGACUGCGCCGAACACUCCGUGGAUAUACUAUGGCGGAUCGUACGCUGGUGCGCGCGCGGCACACAUGAAGAUCCUCUACCCAGACUUGGUUUACGGAGCGAUCGCAUCCAGCGGCGUCACACACGCGCAAAUCAUGUACUGGGAAUACAUGGACAUCAUCCGGCGCGCCGCCGACCCCAAGUGCUCCGCGCGCAUCCAGACGACCGUCAAGACCGUCGACGCGCUGCUCGCCGUCCCCCGGCUGAAGCGCACGCUGAAGGGGCUCUUCGGCCUCGCGGACCUGGAGCACGACGAGGACUUCGCGUCGGUGCUGGAGACGCCGCUCGGGUACUGGCAGGCGAAGGUGUGGGAUCCGGCAGUGGGGAGCACCAAGUUUGACGAGUUCUGUGAGGCGCUGGAGCAUGGGGGUGCGCAGAGUGUGACGUUGCCCGGCGGGCUGAGUCUUGAUUUCGCGCUGCUGAAUUAUGCGAAGUGGAUCAGAGAGAAUGUUGUCUCGCAGUGUCCUGAAGAUAUGACUGUUGAGGAUUGUUUUGGCACUUUCGACGAUGCCAAGUUCCAGGAUACGUCCCUCGACCAGACAUGGCGUGCUUGGCAGUUCCAAGUGUGCACACAGUGGGGUUACUUCAUCACUGCACCACCAGACCGUAGCCAGCCCAGUAUACUCUCGAAACACAUUACUUUAGAGUAUCUGUCUAUGAUCUGCCGCCAGGCGUUCCCUAAGGGCGAACACUUCAAGGUGCCUGCAAUGCCGAAUGUUACAGCCGUUAAUUCUCUAGGCGACUUUGCGAUCGCUGCUGAUCGGCUAGCAAUCAUCGACGGCGAAGUCGACCCUUGGAGGCCUGCGACGCCCCACAGCGAGUAUGCACCUGACAGAUCGGACACGGUCCUACAGCCUUUCAAGCUGAUUCCUGAUGCGGUGCACCAUUACGAUGAGUAUGGCCUGCGGGAUAUUACGCAGGAGCCACCUGAGAUCAUGAAGGUCCACCUGGAGAUGAUUGACUUUGUGACAGAGUGGUUAAAGGACUGGAAGAAGAGCUCGUCGUAACACACCUUGUAGGUACGGCCUACAGCCACCGUAUAUGUGCACUUGCAUAAUGAUCUAGUGAACGUUUUGCCCGUUCGGUAUGCCCCCAGCAUCAAAUGCCGGUAGAUUCGG